UAUAAAAGUGGAAGAAAAUAACUGCCAGGUAGCAUUUAGUGUCCAAAUUUUGACUUAAGAUGUUGGGAAAGAGUUUGUUAUUCGUUUUCGCACUUUUAGUAGCCGUUAAUGGUGAUGGAAGAAUCAUCUUCCGUUUCUACCAUGAACCAACAUAUGUGACUGACUACUCUGUCAUUGAUUUCCAUACAAUCCUUAACCAUCCAAAUUUCGGACGUACACGAGAAACAGUUAUUUUCCAUCAUGGUGCUGGUCAAACAGUUGCUACACCACAAGUACAUGACGUAAUCACAGCAUACGCAUCAAGACAACAAUUCAAUUUCAUUGCAAUCGUCUAUGAUGAUGCUGCAACAAUCAGCACAGAUACUGCCAACGCUCUCGCUGCUGGAGUUUCAUCAAGUUUGAUCAACUUGUUCGACAAUGGAUACAGUUCUGGAUUAAUGAAUCUUUUGGGUUUCUCACUCGGUGCUCAAAUUCUUGCCAGAAGUUCAAGACAAGUUCAAAGUCAAUCGUCACGCAGACACAUUAUUGGAAGACUUACUGGUCUCGAUCCAUGGUCUCUUGGACCAAUCAAUUCAAUCACUAUCGGAACAUUGAGCUCAGCUGAUGCACAAUGGGUAGAAUCCAUCCAUACCGAAGGAAACUUGCGUGGUGAUCUCGAGUCUCGUGGACAUGUUUCAUUCUUUGUAAAUGGUGGAGUUACACAACCAAUGUGCAAUCAAGCCCUUCCAACAACAAGAGCCGAUUGUAGUCAUGUCUUUGCUCUUUCAGUCUGGGCUGAAUCUGUCCGCACAAUAUCAUUGACAUUCGCUUCAUUACGUUGUGAUACAUGGUCAGAUUUCUCAAGUGGACUCUGCAACAGCAACGAAAUUGCAUAUAUGGGAAGAUUGAACUCUGCAUCAACAUUGAGAGGAUCAUUCAUGCUCGGUACAAACAUGCAAGCACCAUGGUCAAGAAGCCAAGCUCAACCUUAAUUUUGAUAAAACGUUCUGAAUAAAAUUUUUGAA